AACCCUACCAAAUGCACAUAACUUUCCAAAUUACCUGAUAGUUUUAUUGUUACAGUAAACUUCACCUUACCACUGUAAUUAUGGAAUUAAAAUAUUAAAUGACAAUUAUACCCUUAUCUUCAUGGACUGUUCCUCAAUCCAAAAAAAAUGGCAUAUCUGAACCAGUCACCUUCUUCCUUCCGACCAUUUUUGUUGAUGUCUCUUCCGCUCUCGCCGAUCACCGUCGUCGACUCCUCUCCUCUUCCCGAUCAUCGUCGUCCCCACUCAACCAUCGUUAACCUUCUCGACAAUCACUGCUACGUCGUCUCGCCUUAUCGACCAUGGCCACCACUUCCUUUCACAUUUCUGACCAUUGCCAGCGAAUUCCGUCCCUUAAUCGAUUCGUUACUGUAAACAGUUUUGGAGAUCCUUAAUCCUUGUUUCCCACUUGCCAGUUUUAUUGAAUAGUAGUGUGAAAAGAUUGGUUGACACAAUGUGGCACGUGCUGCACAACUUGAACCGAAGAUGAAAACCAGUUCAUCUACAAUGGCUUCCAUGGAGCCAAUCUUUACCUUGAUGGGGUUGCACAAAUCCAUCCCAAUGGUCUAUUGCAACUGACCAACAGUUCAAAGCAAGAAAUUGGCCAUGCUUUCUACCGACUUCCCAUAAUAUUCAAUGCAUCUUCAUCAGGUCUACUCCAAACUCUUUCAUUUUCCACAAAUUUUAUCUUUUCCAUGGUUCCUAUAAUUCCUAAUCUUAGUGGUCAUGGAAUUGCCUUCACGAUCUCACCAUCUUUGAACUUCAGCCAAGCUGAAGUAGCCCAAUAUUUGGGACUCCUCAAUUUGUCUAACAAUGGCCUCACUUCAAACCAUCUGUUGGCAGUUGAGCUUGAUACUAUUAGGAGCCCUGAAUUCAAUGAUAUUAAUGACAACCAUGUUGGAAUUGAUGUUAACAGCUUAAAAUCAAUUGUAUCAGCUCCUGCAACAUAUUAUUCUAAUAGUGAAGGAAUAAACAAGAGCUUGGAGCUCAUAAGUGGAAAUUCAAUGCAAGUUUGGAUAGAAUAUGAUGGAGUGGAGAAUCUACUCAACGUAACACUAGCUCCUAUUAGAAGCCCAAAACCAUAUCAAUCUCUCCUGUCCACACACAUAAAUCUUUCUACAAUUUUCUUGAAUUCUAUGUAUGUUGGUUUCUCUUCCGCUACUGGAGCAGUUCCAGGUAACCACUAUAUACUUGGGUGGAGCUUCAACAAAAGUGGGCAAGCACAGAGCCUAGACCUUUCAAAGCUUCCUUCAAUUCCCCUACAAAGAAUACCGAGACAGAAACAAAGUCUAGAAAUUAUAGUUUUAUUGAUAGCGGUAUCCAUUGUGUUGAUCGUCACAAUAGUUGGGACGAUUUACUUUGUGAGGAGGAAAAAAUAUGAAGAAUUAUUUGAAGAUUGGGAACGGGAGUAUGGGCCUCAAAGAUUUUCCUAUAAGGACCUGUACAAAGCUACCAAAGGUUUCAAAGACCAAGAGUUUCUUGGAGCAGGAGGUUUUGGAAAUGUUUAUAGAGGAGUACUUCCCUCUUCCAAGGAACAAGUUGCGGUCAAGAAAAUCUCUCAUGAUUCAAAACAAGGGGUGAAGGAGUUUGUGGCCGAAAUUUCUAGCAUGGGAAGACUAAGACAUAGGAACUUGGUCCAGCUCCUUGGUUAUUGCAGGCGAAGGGGAGAGCUUCUCUUGGUCUAUGAUUAUAUGCCCAAUGGAAGCCUGGACAAGUUCAUAUUUAGCAAUGACAAACCAACCCUCAAUUGGACCCAACGUUUUCAAAUCCUUAGAGGAAUAGCAUCGGCCCUUCAGUAUUUGCAUGAAGAAUGUGAACAAGUUGUUCUUCAUCGAGAUGUGAAGGCUAGUAACAUUUUACUAGAUGCUGAUCUAAAUGGACGGCUAGGAGAUUUUGGGCUUGCUAGAUUGUAUGAUCGUGGAGCGAACCUAGAAACUACCCAUGUGGUGGGCACUUUUGGCUAUCUUGCACCUGAGCUUUCUAGAACAGGCAAGGCAACUACAAGCACUGAUGUGUUUGCUUUUGGUGCAUUCAUGCUUGAAGUGGCGUGUGGAAGGAGGCCUAUAGAGCCACAAGGGUUGCCUGAAGAUAUGGUUUUGGUUGAUUGGGUUUUUGAGAACUGGAAACGAGGAACUAUUCUUUCCACGUGUGAUCCUAGAUUGGAAGGUGAAUUUUCGGAAGAUGAAAUGAAGUUGAUUUUGAAUCUAGGUCUGCUUUGCUCACACUCCUAUGCAGCGGCAAGGCCUAGCAUGAGGCAAGUGAUGCGAUACUUGGACGGAGAUACCUUGUUGCCAGAGAUGCAUCUUGAUACUAGAGGUAUUGGUACACUUAGCGUGGGUAAUGAAGCAUCUGCUGAAUUUGUCAUGUCAUUUCCUUUGUCCCCUGAAGUUGACUGCUCACACCAUGUCUAGCAUUGAAUUAAUACUCAAUUGUGGUUGUUGAAUUUGAAAUCUCUAUUCCUUGGAUAUGCUAGAACAUAGUUUCAAUGUGUAACUAAAAAGAGUCAUUGUUGUGGUUGAAUUUCUAUGACACGUACAUUGGUAAAUUUCUACAUAGUAUUGAUGUUGUCUGACAGUUGUUAGAAAUGAUGAUGAGAGAGGCUGCAACGUCGCCGCUUUAAAUGGAGAGUUGAUGUAGACCAAGUAGUUGCGAGGUAUUUGGGGCGUUUGGAUCGAUGAAUGGCAAACUGAUAAAUAAGGGUUCAGCCCAUUGUUGUCCGAUUUGCUGCAGAAGGCAUGUUCAAUUGCCAAUUUAGAUCUUUGUUUCGGAAUUUUUAUUUUUAUUGCCAUUUGUUUUGACAAGUUUAUUUAAGUUUUUAGUAUUCAAAAUUUGUUGUUUUUGGUAAUUUUUAUUUUCCCCAAUCAUAUUAGUAGUCCUCUAUCUUUAUAAAUAGGACUGUAAAGCUUUGGGACUAACCCUUUUGACCAUUAGAAUUCUCUUCUUUUCAGUAUUUCCGCAAUUGUUCCUGUUGCACUAUUCUUAGUCUUAUACAGUUGGUUUAUAUGGAUCAAAACGGGUUAUGUAUUAAAACAACCCAAUUCAAACUCAAAUCCACUCGUUUAAUAAACGGGUUGGGUUAAAUUGGAUACGAGUUUGACAAAUUAAUUUGACCAACCCGUUGCUUUAUAAGGAGGCUGUGGUGGUGGUAAUGACGAUAGCAGCAGAAUGGUGAAGGUAGUGGCGAUGGUAUUGGUAGUGGCAACAGUGGUGGAGGUGCUACUCAUUUAAAUGGGUACUUAUUAGGGGUGUUCAAAU